AUGAAGGGAUUGGCUCCCGCUGCUGUGCUCGCUUCGAGUCUGCUGCUGAUCUCUUAUAGAGUCUCUGCUCGGUGUUUCAGUUGGUCAUCGCUCUACGACGACAGGCUGGAAGGCAUCUGCGUCUGUAAUGUGACCCACUGCGAUUCGAUUGUCGGUGACCACUCGAAGCUUAAGAUGGGCCAGGUGGGAAUUUACACUACAUCCAAGGCUGGCGACCGCUUGACGUACAUGGUGGCGAACCUCGACAGCCUGCCUGUAGAUGAGCCUACCUUUUAUAUUGAUGUCACCACUCAAUUCCAGACUAUGCUUGGGUUUGGUGGCGCUUUCACGGACGCAGCGGAUAUCAAUCUGUACAAGUUGGCACCGAAACUGCAGGAUCUUGCCCUGGACCAGUACUUCUCCAAAGCAGGUUUGCAGUACAAUAUGGCUCGUGUUCCGAUCGGCUCCACGGACUUCUCUACUAGAACCUACACAUACAACCAAAAGGCGGACGAUUUUGCAAUGACUAACUAUACCAUCGCGUCUGACAAGGCGCCAAACUCAAACAAGAUCAAUAUGAUCCAUCGCGCUCUGAAAAUAGGACCGACAUGA